GUCUUUAAACAAUCUUGGUACUGUGUUACAUAAAACUGGAAACUACGACAAAGCUAUACAGUUUUACGAAAAAGCUCUGGAAAUUCGAAAACAAUCCUUAGGUCCAAAUCAUGUUGAUGUUGCUAUGUCUUUAAGAAAUCUUGGUGCGGUGUAUUCUGAAACUGAAAAUUACGACAAAGCUAUUGAGUUUCACAAAAAAGCUCUGGAAAUUAAAAAACAAUCGUUAGGUCCAAAUCAUGUUAUUGUCGCUGCGUCUUUAAACAGUCUUGGUAAUGUGUAUUGUGACACUGGAAACUACGACAAAGCUAUAGAGCUUCACAAAAAAGCUAUGGAAAUUCGACAACAAUCGUUAGGUCCAAAUCAUGUUGAUGUCGCUAUGUCUUUAAACAAUCUUGGUAUUGUGUAUUAUGAAACUGGAAACUACGACAAAGCUGUAGAGGUUCACGAACAAGCUCUGGAAAUUCGACAACAAUCUUUAGGUCCAAACCAUGUUGAUGUUGCUGCGUUUCUAAACAAUAUUGGUGUGGUGAUUGAAAAAACUGGAAACCACGACAAAGCUAUGGAGGUUCACGAAAAAGCUUUGGAAAUUCGACAACAAUCGUUAAGUCCAAAUCAUGUUGACGUUGCUGCGUCUUUAAAUAAUAUUGGUGUGGUGAUUGAAAAAACUGAAAACCACGACAAAGCUAUGGAGGAUCACUAA